AUGUCUGAGAUGAAUACGGAAUUGGAAGCCCUUGAACAAGCUGCGAAGACUUAUAAACAAUCGAAGAAGAAUACUUAUGAGAAGGAAUUGACUGCGUUGAAUGAGCAACUUGAUUUUAAAAGAACUAAUGCUAAACAGACUAAAACCAAAAAAGAAAUACGCCGAAGUAGCAAGAAGAGAGAAAAGAAAGCGGAGAAAGCGGAGAAAGCGGAGAAAGCGGAGAAAGCGGAGAAAGCGGAGAAAGCGGAGAAAGCGGAGAAAGCGGAGAAAGCGGAGAAAGCGGAGAAAGCGGAGAAAGCGGAGAAAGCGGAGAAAGCGGAGAAAGCGGAGAAAGCGGAGAAAGCGGAGAAAGCGGAGAAAGCGGAGAAAGCGGAGAAAAGAAGCAUUAUUGUUAUAAGCGAGAAGGUAAGCGAGAAAAAAAUAGCUUCGUUAUAA